GUGCCAAGAAUUUGUGCGCGCGUCUGCCCACCAAUUCCCUGCGAUGAGCAAUACGUGCUUUGGCUUCAAGAAACUGCUGAUUCAGCACGGCUGGUUCAGUGGCUGUGUCCUCUGCCCGCCCUGCUUGUCACACAUUCUUUUGGUGCCCCAGAGCAAGAGCAGGGCUUAUGGCAUCGUGGCGCAUGGUUCGUAUGGCGUGUGCAAGAGUGCGCUGGUGCAGAGGGCGGAGCGUGCGGCUUUCCCAAUGUGUAUCUGCCAGCCAUUGAGGAGACCUAUCGCCAGGUGCUGAGUUGCAGACCCAGCCUUGGGGCUCUGCACUUCACCGACACCGACCGUGGCCACCGCUACCUGGAUCUCCAGCUCCUCGCCAUUGCCUUCAUCCUGGUGUAUUCAGUCACCAAGAAGCAAACCGUGGAGGAGCUGAAGCCCUUCGGUGAGCUGUUCCGCAAAGUCAAAAGCAACAACUUGAAUAAGUAUUCUAUCUACUGGUGUGCAGCCAAAGCAAUGAAAGCGGCUGGGAGCUGACUGGUGAGGGACCGCGCUGCCUGCGCCUUGGAGUGGAAUUACCCGUUCCUAGGGGCCUCCGCCCAGACGGCUAUCGGUGUGCAGGAGCUGUUUCACAUACUGCUGAAGCACGAGAAGCAUCCUGCCACCUACCUCCACCAUCCUGAGAAGAAAUCCCAGAUGCCCAAGACCGCCGAGAAGCUGCUACGUAAAUACAUCAUCACGUGAGUUCUGGGUGUUAGGAUCCCGAACUUCUCCCAGAGUGUGCGGAAACGUGGACCCGUCCCGGUGUAACGUGUCACUGUUAAAUGGUUGAAACAUUGGAGGAGGAGGAAAAAAAGGAGAACGAUGCAUUGAAAGACCACUUGGAUAGACUGUAGAGAUUAAUGUUUGAAAAAGAAUGAAAUGCUGAAAUGAAUUGAAGAGGCCACUGCUCUUCGCGUAACUCUAACUAUCGCAUGUUAUUUUUAAACAUUUCAAGUCCUGUAAAGUCUCCAUUGUAUACUUAAUUGUUUAAAAAAUGUAUUUUUGCAACAAAAGCUGUGGCAGAUAGCUUUUAGACAGAUAUGUUAAACAAGAUAAAUAAAUGGAUAAUCUAUGGCUGAGCAUUGGGGGUCGGGGAGAGAAAAUAGUGAAAAUGGAACUUGCUUACUAAAUAUGUGCUAGUUAUUUCCUAAGUCAUUUAAAAAUGUUUGGGUAUUCCACAUAGCAGUUUUUGUGACUUAAGGCUUUUCCUGCAAGCUUUAUAAUUUCUUUUUCACUGGGCAGCAAAAAUAUCCAUUGCAUUGAAAUUUCAACCACAUCUGGGGACGGUUUCUAAUAAGAAUUUUACACAGGGAAGCUUAUUCCCUCUUGAAAUUAGCCAGUGGGGGCAG